CAGUGUCAGCAUCGGAGGUGUGGCUUGGCGGGGACACUGUCUCAGCCUUCUGAUCAGCCAAGAGGCAGCUCGGGGUGGGAAGAUACUCACUCCCCUCUUCCCUGCUAUCCUGCUUGCAUCUGACUCCUCCCUCCUGCAGCUCCGACCAGCGCAGGGUGAAUCCAACAGCCUCCCAUUUCCACUAUGUUCUCCCCGAGCCACUAGAGCUUGAAGAUACCUGGCACUGCCUUCGUUGCAGCUGGACUCGUGAGUAAGGCACGUUGCCUGAUAUCUGUCAGAAGUGAACGGCUUGUUAUUACCUGAGGAGACUAAAUUAGCCAUCUUCCAGUACUGAAAGGGUUAUGAAGAAUUGCAUUUUUUCCAGCACCUUUGGUACUUCACCGUUGCCUGAUUUUUCAAGAGCAUGUGUUGUUCUGGUUAUCGGGGACGCUUAGACCUGGAUGUUUCUUCAUCGGAUGCCACAAAAGAUAAAGGAAAACAAAGAAACUUGUGAUGUGGAGCUAACAGUUAUGGUUUCAGCUCGUGAAAACUUGCAGAGUCAGUGAGAAGGCGAGGAAAAAGAUUUUCCAAGGACAAUGUCGGUAACGCCUAGUAAUUUGUCACUCAAUGGGACAAGCUUCUUUGCUGAAAAUCAUAGCAUUAUGGAUAAACCUGGUGAACAGAGAACUUUGAAUGUCUUUCUAUUCUGCUUGACUUUUGUCAUUGCAUUCACGGUGCUUCUGGGCAGCAUUUAUUCUCUAGUUUCUCUGCUGAAAAUGCAGAAUAAAACCACAAUUUCAAUGAUUGUGACCUCUUUGUCAAUAGACGAUUUGAUCAGCAUCGUGCCAGUGAUUAUUUUCAUGCUCACCCAGUGGUCAAGUGACAUCCUUCCCCAGCCUCUGUGCACCACCUCAGCACUUAUAUAUUUAUUCCAGGGCAUUUCUAGCAAUCUCAAAGGGUCUCUUAUAGUUUCUUACAACUUCUACAGCAUCAAUAAAACUGAGACAAUCAGCUGCGGCACUUCCAAACGGCGAGUGAGCAUGGUGUGGGCAAUUCUCAGCAUUUGGAUUGUCAGUUUGCUGAUCUGCAUUUUGCCUCUCUGUGGUUGGGGCAAGUAUGUCCCCACCUCCUGGGGCUGCUUCACUGACUGUGCCAGCUCCUACAUCUUGUUCUUAUUUAUUGUCUACUCACUGUGCUUUUGCCUCCUCACAGUGCUGUCUGUCCCUCUGACUUACCAGCUGUUGUGCUCAGACGAGCAACAGCUGUUGCACAUCGAUUACCAGGAAAUCUCUCGAGGCUACAUCACCCCUGGGACACCCGCGGGCUGCAGUACUGCCACCCCAUCGCUGUCACCGGUGGACCCCGUGGAUAAAACCCUGAAGCAUUUCCAAAAUACAUGUCCCAGCUCGGAGGCAGUUUUGAGGAAAGGUGUGGCUGAGAGCAGCGGCCUCGAGCCCCGCUGUGGGAGCAGUGCCCAGAGCAGGAGCUUCACAGUGGGCUUCGCCCAGAAGCGAUUCUCACUGAUUCUCGCAUUGACAAAAGUCAUUCUCUGGCUUCCAAUGAUGAUACAAAUGGUUGUCCAGCACAUCACUGGCUUUCAAAGCCUUUCAUUUGAGACUCUUAGCUUCCUGCUGACUUUGCUGGCUGCCACCGUCACCCCAGUAUUUGUCCUGUCAGAACACUGGAUCCAUCUCCCCUGUGGCUGCAUCAUAAACUGCAGAAGGAAUUCGUAUGCUUUGUCUUCAGAAGAAUUCAAAACCAGGCGCAGGGGUUUCGAAUUCAACCUCUCAUUCCAGCAAGGCUACGGAAUCUACCGGAUAUCCCCCGAAAACCACCACCCCGACGGCGACGGCAAAUCCGCCUCCUGCCCCAGCCUGGGUAGCCAAGGGAGCGCGCCCGGCGCCCCGCAGCCGCCUUUCAGCACCGCGGCUCCGGACAGCUCCCGAGCGCCCGGCCCGGCCCGGCGCCUGCCGCAGGCGGAGGGGGCAGGCACCGAGCCCCCGGGCUGGGAGUGGUGCCGGAGCAGGUCGGAGAGGGCCCCUCGGCAGCGAUCGGGUGGGGCCUUAGCUAUUCCCCUGUGUGCAUUUCAAGGAACCGUGUCUCUUCAAGCACCCACGGGAAAAACUCUCUCUUUAUCUACGUAUGAAGUAAGCACUGAAGGACAAAAAAUAACACCCACGUCAAAGAAAAUUGAAGUUUAUCGAUCUAAAAGUGUUGGUCACGAGCCAAACCCAGAGGAGUCUCCUAAUACAUUUGCUGACACAAGUGUUAAAAUUCAUUUAGAAGUUCUUGAAAUCUGUGACAAUGAAGAGGCCCUGGAUACUGUGUCCAUCAUCAGCAACAUCAGCCAGUCGUCCACACAGGUGAGGUCUCCAUCCUUACGUUAUUCACGGAAAGAAAACAGAUUCGUCUCAUGUGAUUUAGGGGAAACUGCUUCCUAUUCGCUCUUCAUACCAUCAAACAAUCCUGACAGCGAUAUUAACAUAACGAUUCCAGACACGGUUGAAGCUCAUCGGCAGAACAGUAAAAAGCAACAUAUGGAAAGAGGUGGUUAUCAGGAGGAAAUACAAAUGUUGAACAAAGCAUACAGAAAACGGGAAGAAGAUGACAACAACAAUUAAAUGACUUUUAACCUAAACAUUUAAACUGAUUUGACAGAUGUUGCUCCUCUUGACUCAAGCUACCCUAGCAAAUACAAUGCCAACUGUUUUUUCCUUGCACAUAAAUUAAUUUCAUUUGGGUAGAUUCUUAAAUAGUUUGAAACAUUUAAAAUAUACAAAUAGCAAAGCAAAUACUUAAGUGCUUUACAGCUUUGCAUAGUGAAUUUCAAGUUAUUUAUAUAUCUAUUUAUUUGAGGAACACUUCUCUCUAAAAGAAAUCCUAAGUAAAGUCUUAAAAACCAGCCUUGGUCGCUUGGCACUGGGUGGUCUGUCUGUGGGAACCAGCAGAAAAUGAGGGAACAACUUCAUACGGGUGAAGUGUUAACAGGUUUGGAUGACUGUUGCAAUGCUGCUCAUACUGACGUACCAGACUUGAAUCAUUUACCUGAAAAUAUGUAGCACAAGCCUAAGACUAACUCAUUUAUUUGCCUAAGCAAAGGACUAAAAGUUAUCUAGAUGGCUUAAUUUUCUAUCGCUCUGUACAUGAUUCAUAUGUAAUACCUAUGUAGGUGGCCAGUGUAUGGACCUUUGGAUACAAGUGGCUGAAAUGUAAGCGUGCACAUUUUUUAAGUCCAAAAUUGUGAAACUCAAGUGUUCUCAUGGCUUGACAUUUCUGUUGGCAAGUGCAUCAAAUGUUCAUUAAUUUUCUGUCAGUUACUCUAAAGUGUGCCCUUUUCUGCCUCCAUGAUCUCUUAACGAGUUAAGAAGUUUCUCAACCUUGCAGAUAUUUGCUCUCCAUCCAGAUAAGGCAGCAUUUGAAGUGUUUGAAGAGCUGUAACAUCAACAUUAAUUUCAGUAAUUUUUCAUGGUUAAAGACUAGAGCCAUCCCUAAGCAAGGAAUAGAUUUGCAAUGUUGUUUUCUUCCUCAGCUAGUAAUCUCAGCAACACAGCCGUGAGAGCGGGCGCAGCUUGCUGAUAGCUGCAGAAGUCCCUGUGGCUUGCAAGGAACACUCGCCCCUUUUCUGCCCCUAUAUAUUCUGUCUGUCAGCAGUCCUGCCAUCAGACCUCUCCGGGUGGACCCUCAUGCUUUAGGGCUGAGUCAGGAGCUGGGGGUUACAACUGGUCUGUGGCUCCUUAGGAGAGGGGGACAAAGCUAUUCAAGGAGGACAAACUUAGAGACCUGGGAGAUAAUGACCUCGAGAGUCAAACAUUACAUAGAUCAGGAUCUUGCCCUGUAGCACCCUCUGGAGGAGCCUGUUCCUCUGCUGGCUUAUGGGGAACCUAGAAAUAAGCCUGAAAUCAACCUAAAACCCGUGAAUACUCUGUUUUGUGUCAAAUUUAGAGAAGCCAAGGCUGAAACAGUGAAUGGAGUCCUUAAGGUUUACAUGAAAUACACUGCAAGGCUUGAAAUGCUAGUGCUUUUUGACCGGGAACUCCUUUUUUCUGAGGGUUUGUCAUCAUUGCUGCCGCGAUCGAGAUGGAUCACUGUGCAAGCUGUGCUUUUCAUGUGCCGCCUUUCCAAGGUGGAAACAAGGGUUCUUGUAAGAUUGCCUCAAGACUCUCAGUACCACUAAGAUGCUGUGUUAUAUUUCAGAUUUAACAAGAAACUACAGUAGAAGGAACAAACAAUAAGUCUAUUGAAUAAAUUACAUCCAUAGGCAUAGAGCAGAGGGACCGAAUAUAUUGCUUUGCUUUGUGUUUGUAGCAGGAACACAGAAAGUUGCCUUAUAGCAACAGACAUGCUCGCUCCAGAAAAAAGGUAGCAAGGUUGUGAUAGAGGAUGCGGCCCAUCACACCUUCUGUUUGGUCAGAUGGAUGCAUUUAGAAGGGGUUAGGAUUAGGAGGCAUAACUGCAUAACUGUGACCCUGAGCUUGACCUAAUUGUAGAAUGUUGUCUUGCUGCUGUAAUGAAAAGGAACUUUUCUUUAAUGAAUCUGUAAAUUUGAUCAUGUACAAAUGUCUGAUUGUUUUAUAUUUUACUUUAAUCUAACAUCAUUAAACAUUUUAA